AUGGCUCGACAGAAAAGUUUGCCGAACGUUCUCGGAAUUGGCGACAUUGCCUCGCGCACCCUCAUCCUUGACAACGGCGCCCACACCCUUAAAGCCGGCUUCUCCUCCCACGCCUCUACCUCCUCUACUGAGCCUAAUUCAGCGAGUGACUGCUAUGCCAUUCCCAACUGCAUCGCCCGCUCUGCUCGUGACAAGCGGACAUAUAUCGGUCCCGAGCUGGAAGAAUGCGACGACUUUGCCGAGCUGGCGUACCGGCGGCCGGUGGAGAAAGGAUGCAUUGUCAAUUGGGAAGGGGAGAAGGCGAUCUGGGAGAGGAGUUUCUUGGGCAAUGCGAAGCACGAGGCGCUAAGGUGUGAGCCGGAGGAGACAAACCUGGUGAUGACGGAGCCGCCGAAUGCGCCGGCGCCGCUGCAGAGGAAUGCGGAUGAGAUGGUGUUCGAGGAGUUUGGGUUCAGGAGCUACUAUAGGUGCAUAGCGCCGGUGCUUAAUGCAUACGCUCCUUCACCCUUCCCGUCUACGGCUGCCUCUCCAUCUGGCGUACCACUAGAGUGUUUACUGCUCGUUGAUGCUGGCCACUCGCACACGACAGUGACGCCGCUCUACCAAGGUCGACCUUUCCAAUCCGCCAUCCGCCGCCUCGAAGUCGGUGGCAAGACCUUGACGAACCAACUCAAGGAGCUCAUCUCCCGUACCCUGGAUGUCCACAAGGAGGACCACAUCGUCAACGAGAUAAAAGAAGACGUCUGCUACGUCUCACGUUGUUUCAAUGAAGAUCUGGAGAAGACGUGGAAGGGAGGUAGAUACGAUGCACGAAUUAUUGACCCGAGUAUUGUUGUGGACUAUGUACUACCGGACUAUGAGACCAUCAAGCGAGGUUUCCCUCGACCACAUGAUUCCAGUCUCAGCUUGAGAAGCCGCGCAAUAGGUGUCGAGGGUCAAGGAGGCAGACGAGAGCACGUUUUGACGAUUGGGAACGAACGCUUUGUUGUCCCUGAGCUGCUCUUCUCACCUGGCGAUAUCGGGAUGCAGCAGGAAGGCAUUGCCGGUACAAUCAUUCAGUCCAUCGACGUGUUACCGGCCGGGUUGAAGCAGGCUUACCUCGCCAAUAUCGCCGCGGUAGGCGGUACGAGCAAGCUGCCCGGCUUUGUGGAAAGAUUGGAGACGGAAAUCAGGCAGAUGGUUGAUACGGACUUGGUGGUUCGGGUGGCGAGGGUGGCUGAUCCGAUCAAAAAUGCAUGGCUGGGUGGAGGGAGGAUGGCGCGGAGUGAAGAGGCUAUCCGAAAGGUGUUAGUGACGAGGGAGGAGUAUGCGGAGAAUGGCGAGGGGUGGGUCAGGAGGAAGUUUGCUGGGAAGGCUGGGCGAUGAAUGAGAACUCUACCAGCCAACUGUAACCUCCUCCCUGCGAAUUUUUGAUAUGACCGCCGAUGUUGCGGCGGAUCGUGCCCUCCGCGUGCCGCACGUGAAACUAGCGCUGCAUGUCUAGGCAACUGCGCGCGAACAUCCAUUUGAGAGCUCGUCUGCAGCGCUCAUACAUCUUUAAUCAUGUUCAUCCAACACUCUAGCAUCAUCAGAGCAAUCACACCCGCGAUGGACGUCUUCAAGCACAAUUGCAAUCCACGGGUGGAUGUAAACCCGGCGUGUGAGUCGAAGGUCAAACCCGACGCGCCGCAGACGUUCCACAUCCGCGUUUCCUCGAUAGUCCUCAGCUACGCACUCACCCGUGUUUGAAGCUAUGCUCUGCCCACCAUCCCAUGAAGGCAACGCGCAUCGCACCAGGUCGGUCAUUCAUAUCUUGCUUGCUCACGAC